AUGGAGCUUCUCAUCUCGAUCUUGCAAUAUCUCCCAUCCUCGCGUGACGUCCUAUCCGCCAUGCUCGUGUCCAAGUCAUGGUGCGUCGCGGCGUAUCCUCUGAUCUGGCAACGGCCUUCACUCUCCUCGAUAUCUCAGUUUGCGGGCUUCGUCCGCGCACUUGGCAGGGCAAAUCCCCUCCUUCCGUAUCCAACCACCGUGAGGAGACUGGUCUUCAACUCAUUCGCUCGUCACCUUACCGAUGAAGUGUUCGGGAGUAUCACCGCCUGUCAGCACCUUGAGCGGCUCACACUUCCGGGUGCAACGCAUUUGUCCACUGUGAUCCUGCUAGAGGUGCUGGGUCAGCUUCCAGAGCUGGUCUCGAUCGACUUGAGCGGGAUGGAUGCUGUCGACGACAAUGUGGUCAUGAAGAUUGCGAACAGCUGCCCUCAGCUGCAAGGUCUGAACUUAUCCAAAUGCAAGCGGAUAGGUGACGAAGGGAUUAUGGUCGUGGCACAAGAGUUGUCUGCGCUUCGGCGGAUUAAGCUUAAUGGCUGCCAUAGACUCACCGACCGUGCCAUCGUUGCUCUGUCUCGCCACUGCCCUCAUCUUUUGGAGCUCGACUUGGCUGGAGUGCCCCAGCUGACGAACGACUCGACGAUCAGCAUCUUUCUCAACGCAAAGUCACUCCGAGAGCUGAGGAUGAACGACAACAAGACCGUGUCCGCUGGCGCCAUUCCAGAUCUGGAAGCCCUGUCUCGUGCCGAUGACUCUACAAUAUUCGACAGCGUCGGCGCCUAUCCGUGGUAUCUGGUGGACAAGCCGUUCCCAAAGGCGUGCUCAAGGACGUCGCCCCGUCCGCCGGCGAUGGACCCAGCACUAGUCCGGCCCGUCACCGUCAAGUUCGACCAGCUGCGGAUUGUGGACCUCACGAGCUGCACAGGCUUGACAGAUCAGGACGUUGACCACCUUGUCUACAACGCGCCACAACUUCGCACCUUGAUAUUGGCCAAGUGCACCAACUUGACCGACUUCGCCGUGGAGAGCAUUUCACGACUCGGCAAGUUCCUUCACUACCUCCAUCUUGGACACGUUAGGAACAUCACAGACGAUGCGAUCUUGAGGUUGAGCAAGUCGUGCACCCGGCUGCGCUAUCUUGACGUCGCGAACUGUGCCCACCUGACAGACGCGAGCGUCAUCGCCUUGGCAACCAGCCUCCCGAAGCUGCGCCGGAUUGGCCUGGUCAAGGUGACCAAUGUGACCGACAAGGGCAUCCUCCCUCUCGGCGAACGCGGCGCUACGCUUGAGCGUAUCCACCUCUCCUACUGCGAGAAGAUCACAGUCAGGGCGAUCGUCGAGCUGCUCAACAAGCUGCCCCUUCUAACACAUCUUAGCUUGACCGGCAUCAACUGCUUCAAGGUGCCAGAGCUGCAGCAGUUCUGUCGCGCAGCGCCCGAGAACUUUACGAUUCACCAACGCGCCUCGUUUUGCGUGUUCUCAGGCUCAGGCGUGGCCUCGCUGCGCAACUACCUUAAUGCUCAGGCGGUAGGAAGCGACGGUCCGGAGGGAACCUCGGCUCGCGGAGGCUCAGGCCCAUCUUCCUCAUCAAUCGUACUUGCUGGCCCGCCCGUGUCCUCGACUGCCGCUCAGUGGAUUGGCGUGCAAGAUCGCAGAUUCGUCGAAGACCCGGCCACAGAAAGCUCGUCGAGAGAGGGGACGCGGCAUCGAGCGCUUAGGCCCAAUCCGACAUCAAGACACGAUCCCGAGAUGCUGAAUCUGGUACGCGAGUUUGUUGGCACGUCGAUGAGUAACGACACUGGCCACGUCCACGAUGACUACCCCAGCGACAGCCUGCCUGGCACGUCUCGUUCCCAGCCGACCAGUUCUGACCCGCCGCAGAAUCAACCCCACGAUUGCGUAAACCCAAGCUCGAGCAGAGGCCGUCGUUCGAGCAGAGCAGAUUAG